AUGCGGCUUCACUCUUUGAAUACAUCCGAAUAUUUUAAAGAUCUGCACCCUUUUCCACGCAUCGAACUGAAAUUAAAACUUCAGCGGAAAGUCUCGGUCUUUAGAAAUCACACUGGUGAACACCAAUUUCGGGCAAGUAAGUGGAACACCUCAACAUGGGAAUUAUAUGCUCUCAUAAGAGAGUAUCUUUCUCUGAUCACUUGGUUAUUCACAUGGAGUUACCAUCAGCUAUGGACAAGAAAAUGGAAGGCGGCUGAAGAUAAAGCAAGGGCUACACUGUUUGGAUAUUAUGGUCUUAAUUUGGCUGUGCAUACAUUUCCUCCUAUUGCUUUGGCUAUUAUUCGAUCAUUCUACUUGAAUUUGAAGCCAAGGGAAUCAAUAAGAAGAAAAGGGAGGAAAUUGACUGCUGGCUUCUCAAAUCCAUUGGUUGUGAACACCCUUCUGGGUGUUUUGUCCACUCUAGAAAUACUAGCAGUCUUCCUCUUUAUCCUGUUCUUAGCUUGGAAUUUUUAUGCACACAUCUCAAAUGAUUUCAAGAACUUGAAGCCUGCUAAAUCACUAAUGCUGAAUUCAUGGCAACUCAAGUACCUAAAGGUGGAAACUCGGUUUGGUUUGCUAGCAGAAGUCUGCCUGGCUUUUCUUCUUUUCCCUAUAUUAAGAGGUCUGGGCUUAUUUCGGUUGCUUGGCAUCCAGUUUGAAGCUUCUGUAAGAUACCAUAUAUGGCUUGGGACUGCAAUGAUAUUUUUUGCCACGUUCCAUGGUGCAAGCACUUUGUUCAUUUGUGGGGUCGGCCACUUUAUCCAGGAGGAGAUAUGGGAAUGGCAGAAAACCGGGCGGAUAUACCUUGCUGGGGAGAUCUGUCUGGUCACAGGGUCAGUGAUUUGGAUCACUACAUCACUUCCUCAAAUAAGGAGAAAACAGUUUGAAAUAUUUUACUACACACACCAUCUCUACAUGGUUUUUCUGGUAUUCUUCUUGUUUCAUGCUGGAGACCGUCACUUCUACAUGGUUUUCCCUGGAAUUUUUCUGUUUGGCCUUGACAAGUUCCUUCUGAUCAUACAAUCUAGACCCGAAACAUGCAUUCUUUCGGCACGAAUCUUCCCCUCCAAAGCUAUAGAGCUUAUUCUACCAAAAGAUCCAGGGCCCAAGUAUAGACCAACCGGCAUUAUAUUUGUGAAGGUACCAAGUAUAUCCAAAUAUGAGUGGCAUUCAUUUAGCAUUACUUCCAGCUCUAGGUUUGAUGACAACACAAUAUCUAUAAUGAUCAAAUCCGAAGGAUCGUGGACAAGUUCUCUCUCCCAUAUGAUCCAAACUAGGCAAGAGUCAGAUGGCAAUCAAACGAAGUACAUACCUAUUGCAGUAGAAGGCCCUUAUGGAUCUGUCUCUAUGGACUUCCUAAGGUGCAUAAAAAGUUAA